GCGAGGAAUUUCAGGAAACGAAGAGACGACAGGAUCGACGUGAUAUCGUGGAGAAUUUGGAGAAGUUGGUGGAUUUCUUGACCAAACGUGAAAAGUGUCUUCGAGAACGAGGGGCAAUGGAAGAAGCAAGCGAUGCGCAAAGACAACUGGAUUGCGCAUCUCAGGAUUUAACUCGAAUUUUAUAUGAGGCUAUCGGCGAAUAUCGCGUUGGAAGUGACGGAGGGAGCGGACUAUCGCUUUUGGGAAAAUAA